CCAAACAGGUGAAAAUAAGCGUAUAUAAAUACUCAAACCUUCGGAAGUUUAACUUAUCUGUAGUACCACAUCACCAUCUCGCCCCCCAUUUGAGCACCGCUUUCUACUGGUCUUCAUCAUACCAUGGCCAGGAUCGACCAGCCCAUUCUCGUCGACACCGAGGACCCAGAAUAUUACGCAGAGCUUCUCUCCGAGACUUGCCCAAAUCGGUGCCUACUGUCCAAUGAAACACUUUGUUCAGACAUCCCCGGCGUUCAGGGUGUUGAUGACCCCUCUUCCCGGCGCCUACAGACACUUCUCGAUGUAGUCGCCGAUAUCUCACUUCGUAAACAAGGAAAUGCCUCCGCUACGAUGGCCUGCAUAAAGGCCAAUAAGGGCGCUCUAGAAACGCAAGUAUACAUCGCUUUCAACCACAAUGAUGAUGGCGCAGCUAGCAAUUGUCCCGUUCACCUACAGUCCAUCUUUGAUAGGCUUUCCUGUGUCCCCUACAGGCCACAUGUAGUAGCCGGCUCCCCGAAGGGAAUCUCGAGCGAGUUAGAGGGGAGCUUAUUCGAAGUCUGUACAGCCAUUCACAAUUACUCAUUUGACCUUUUUGCGUAUCGCGUUAACAAGCGCAAGCACAAGCUUUCCGACAUUCGGAGCUACAUUGAGCAGGAGAAGCGUCAAUUCAAUUCCCGCCAGCGUUCCAUGUUGUUGGAGUUCUUAUUGCAUGUGGAGUCCAUUAUUAAGGUUGUUACCAAUGCACAAACAACGAAGCAACUUUCUAGCGAUUUUAUACGCGUGCUUGUACAGACGUAUUCGUUCUGGACGACGAACGGCCUUCUUCCCCAAGAAAGGCUCGCCGGAGAUGUGGUUACAUUGCUUGACCACGCGGAUGCGUGGCUGGCUGAUAGUGCGUGAUAUGACACCUAGAUGGUCACUCUCACCUUAAUCUACAUCUUUUUAGCCCACGGCAUAGGUUUCCGGCUUCGGCGUUGGGC